CCUUGGUCCAUGGAAUUCACAGUGCUAUAACAAAUUAGUUGUCAUAUAUAGAAGUGAGUGAUCAGUGUCGAUCAGCAGAUUUUUCAAAGAAUGGUGAGGGACGUGAAGAAUGGUAGAGCUCUCCUUGUUGCAUUUCUGAUGUUUCUGUUGGCAUCAGAAGUGUUGAUUUUGGAGGCUGAGGGUGCAGGAGAAUGUGGAAAGACCCCUAUAGGGUCUGCAGCUGCUAGCCUGAGCCCAUGUUUGGGUGCAGUUAGCAAUGUGAGGGCAAAGGUUCCAUUGGCUUGUUGUGCCAGAGUUGGGGCUUUGCUCAAGACUGCUCCAAGGUGCCUCUGUGCUGUUCUUUUGUCACCUCUGGCCAAGCAAGCAAAAAUCAACCCUGCCACUGCUAUCACCAUUCCAAAAAGAUGCAACAUUAGGAACCGACCUGCUGGGAAGAAAUGUGGAAGGUACACUGUACCUUGAAAUCAAAACAAUGGAAUAAUAUGCAGUAUUAAGCAGAUUAGAGAGCUAAAUAAGUGCAUGCAGUCAUAUGGCAUCUUCUACCGGUAGAGUGACCUGUUUCGAUUGUGGCCUUGUGUUUUGCCGCGUGUAUUGUUAUUCACAUAACUUGAUGUCUUGUUUGUCAUGAUAAUAUUAUGGAUUACUGUCAUCUUCCCAGACUUACCAUUCCUUUCCCUUUUAUUGUGAAAGUUACAAUUUACAAGAACUUA